AUGGAUACAGUAAAGCCUAUGUUCUAUGAAAGGAUGGUGAGUAGUGUAUCGGCAAGUUUCUCUGACUUGGUUGUUGUGGGCAUAAAAGUCGAGCUUGGAUUGAAGAAUGGAAAAAUGAUAACCACCACUGAAACAUCCGGUAACAAUGUCAAAAAGUUUUCCAGAGGUUUUCAAAAAAAGAAAGAGGAUGAAACAAACUCAGUGUCAACCAGUCAAAGAAGGAGUCACUCAUGGAGGAAGCAGCAGCAACAAGUUGCUCAACAACAACCAACUUAUCCAAUGCAGUAUAUCCAACAACCAUAUGUGGCAGCAGUCACACCAACUUUCAAACAAUCACAAGCUCUUGUCUAUCAACUUGUUCAACAAGCACUAGUAUACCAACGAGCACCUACGACACCAGUUUAUCAACAACUAAGGCCACAAGCUCCACGUCCGCAAAAUCAUCCAAAUCCGAAUAGGGUCCAAAGAGGCAGACCUCCUUCCGUUAUGAUCCCUAUAAUGUACAUUGAGUUGUACCCAUCAUUGCUACAAAAAGGGUUGGUGACUCCCAGACCUUUGGAUCCUUCACCAGAUCAUUUGCCUCCAUGGUACAACAAAAAUGCCCAUUGUCCUUUCCAUGAGGGCGCCCUUGGGCAUGAUUUGGAAGGAUGUUAUGCUUUGAAGCAUAUAGUGCGAGAGUUGGUUGAGAAGAAGAUCCUUUCAUUCCGAGAUGAUGGACCCAACGUAAAGAGUAACCCUUUGCCUACGCAUGGUGAUGUUAAUGCCAUUGAAGAUGUAUCUGACGUUUGUAUAAUAAAAAAUGUUGAAGAUGUUAAAACUCUGUUGUUAUCACUCCAUGCAAGAUUGGUGAGAGUUAAUUUGAUUGAUACAUGUCACGAUAACUGUGAAGAAUGUGUUGUUUAUCCAAGAGGGUGUAAAUUGGUACGAGCCGAUAUUCAAAAUUUAAUGGAUCAAGGUGUUUUACAAGUUUGUGAUCCUACAACAAAAGAGGAAAUUUCAGUAAUUGAACCCUUUUUCAAUCUACCAGAGCCUGUUGAGAUAACUUAUCAAAGAAGGGAUGUUAUUCAUCCAUCACCCGUGAUAGUCUGUAUGCCUACCCCCUUUCCCUUCAAAAUCACUAAGGUCGUGCCUUGGAAAUAUGAUAUAAUUGUGGUAGAUGGAAACCCCAAAGAUGUUGAAUGUGAGAAGAGCCUGGAGAAUGUUGAUUCCAAUAUCACGAACAUCGCAAGGACGAGCAGAAUGACCCACAGUGGUCGGAUUUAUACUCCCAAUUUCAAUAUAAUCCCUCAAGAAUCGAUAAAGGAAGCUACAACUUCAGUUCCUACCCAAGAAUCAGGAGGGGUACAGUCAGCGGUGCAAUCAAGUGAAGCGAUUAAAUUUCUGAAAAUUAUAAAGAAAAAUGACUACAAGAUAGUCGAUCAGCUACAUCAAACACCGCCAAAAAUAUAUAUCAUAUCCUUGAUUCUGAACUCCCAAGCUCAUAGGGAGGCUCUACUAAAAGUGCUUGCUCAAGCUCAUGUUACUCGGGAUAUAACGUUUGGCCAAUUCAACAGGGUGGUCACCAAUAUCACAGUUUGCAAUACUCUAAGUUUCAGCAAUGAAGAGCUGCCCAAGGAAGGACAGAAUCAUAACUGCGCCUUACAUGUAUCCAUAAAAUGCCAAGAAGAUGCUCUGGCUAGGGUCUUAGUUGACACUGAAUCUUCCCUCAAUGUCCUAGCAAAAAGGGCACUUGCUAAAUUAUCUUACCAAGGGUCGGAGAUGAAACCCAAUACGCUUGUGGUAAAAGCAUUUGACGGUUCUCAGAGGACAAUACAUGCUGCUGGGGAAGUAACUUCUACUUUGCAUCAGAAAAUAAAGUUUGUCGUCAAUAAUAAACUCGUCAUUGUCUUAGGAGAAGAAGAUUUCAUCAUUAGUCCACUCUCAUCUUUUCAUUAUAUCGAGGCUGAUGAAUAUGCCUUUGAGACUUCUUUCCAAGCACUUGAUAUAGCUAAUGCCACGCUUGUGGAAGUAAAGGGUCUUGUUGAGAAGGCCAGUUUGUCAUUCGCAUCUUUGAAAAGUGCGAAAUCAGCAGUUGAAAGUGGAGGUCCUGCAAGUUGGGGGCAAGUCAUUGAUGUCAGCAAUAAAAAAGAUCGUUUCGAUUUGGGGUACAAGCCUUCUGCUAAGGAAGGAUCUCUGGUCCCUACAAAGGAUCGCAUACAGAGCAUUCAAUAA